CACACACAGCAAUGGAUGGACUCGCUGCUGCGCACACACACGGGGCUGUCUGCCUGUCAUGUUGGCUGCGACUGCCGGACCUCCCUAAUCGCACUCCUAAAUGUGUCACGCACGGCAGCCGAUUGGCCUGGUGGCGAAUGGAGCGCCUGCACCAACACAUCCACACACGCGGAAUCUCAUUGUGUGUGUGUGUCUCUGUGUGUCUGUGUCAACUGACUUGAACGAGAUUGUCAGCCAUCGCCUGGCACGAUUUGUCGCCCUGCAACUUCCCCCUGAGUGCUGACCUGAUGCCUGAGUGCAUCAUGGCCUUCAGGUGACCCUGCUGUGACGCUGAGAGGGCGGCAAAGCUGCCAGACGGACACACCAAAGUGCGGAAAAGUCGACACAUCUCAUUCAGGGCCUGACAAACAACGGCAGCAGCCAGAGAGAGACCAUGGGCACUGCACUGCACUGCACUGCACUGCCCGCACCCGUAAGUCAGUUGGGUCUUGUGUAUCCAGCAUGAAGAGGCCCUCAGCGAAGCCAUGAACCACUCUGGAAAGACUCUCCUGCAGAACCGACAAAACCUGACACAUACAGAGAGGGAGGGAGAGCACACACGAAUGGCCACCAGCACACACAUAUAUUGAGUCCUGUCCACCCCACCCACCUGGUGGGUCUCCUGCGGCGAUGUCUGCAGGAGGCACUCGACCAGCAGGCACCACAUUUGCAGCAGGUACACCAGGCCCAUCCCGGACCGCACAUUCACUGCGCCCUCCACACUCAGAUGGACGAACCUGUCGCGGAAGGGCUGCUGGGUGGCGUCUGUGUCGGCAUUGUCCUUGGCGAGCAGCUUGAGCAGUGUGUGUGGGGACCUCUGGGCGAUGAGGUAGAAGGUGUGGAACAUCUGGCUCUGCACCUCGCUCUUCUCUCGACGCAUCUCGGCCGACCCGUCAGGCAGCUGCUGCCACACACGAUAAUGCACGUCGAAAAACCUGCACCAUGACAUGAAUGACACCAACAGCAGCAGCAACACACAGACACCUCUCUCUCUCUCUCUCUUUCUCUUCCUCUCUCACACACACACACAGAAAGCCGCGUAUGUAUGCCCGCCCCGCUCACCCCGGCGUGACGCACUCGAGGAAUCCCUCAGCCGGCACCUGGGGAUCGCCGACCAGCGUGGCGGCAAUGUGGCCGACGAAGAUGGCCAGGUCGUUGAUUUCCUCCAGGCCGAGAUUGUGCUGGGCGUAGAAGAGUGUGAGCAUCGACGCCAGCGAGGACAUCAGGAGCCCCCCACUCAUGAGGGUCACCAUCCGCCGGCAAAAGAAGAGCGAGUACCGGCGGACACGGGGGAAGCCGCCGAAGAGCUUCAUGGCGGUGGUGACGCCAUCGAGGGCCGACCGCCACACCUCGUUUAGCACCGGCACUGGUUUGCUGAAGCCUUUGGAAAUGCAACCCAUCGCCUGUUGUGCAGACACCACGCCCAACCACCCACAUACACACCCACCCAUCCAUCCAUCCAUCUGGGUUGAUAAGAUGCCUCCCUCCACUUGCCUGUAUGGCCCGUGCGAUCCACUCCGCGUGUCCCUCCCUAUCUGCCAGCGCCUCGGCAGCCAGCUGGGGAUCCUUCAUGGGGCCCAGCAAGGGGGCAAUCGCACUCUGAAGAUACGACUGCUUGGCCGCAUCCACAUCACCAGCAGUGAGGCUGCGCGUGAGGCCGCCGAUGAGCAGCCCGAGCGUCUCGAAGAGGUGGGUGCGGUCGUCAGGGUGCAGCAGACCCCACGCCGCCCGUUGGCCCUCCUCUGAUGCGGUGAACGGCACAUAGGGGAGAGUCAGGAACGGCCGGAUGCCCUCAUAGAUCUGCUGCGUGUAAGCCACCGCCCCAUUGAGGUGCGCCUUGACGUACUUCUGCAGCACCGACGCAGCCAGGGGGGGCGUCCUCUGGUCGGCAUUGCGGAUCCCCCUCUCGUCGAGCAGCAGCUGCAGGCCGACCAGAAAGAAUGACCCUUCUUCUGCUCUGCCCCGUUUGGGCGGGAGGAAGAAUGCCGAGUAUCUGACGAGCAUCUCCAGGACGUGUGUGCGGACGGCGUGGUGUGGGAAGGCCAGCAGAGGAGGGCAGCUGUAGAUGCGGGUGAGGCUGACACGCAGCGGGUGGGGGGAGGGGUGUGGUGGGGGGGCGUUCUCUGGAGGGACCUUGAGGGCCUGAGGGAUGCCUGAAUGGCACCACACGCCACCACAUCCACCUGAGGUCAUCGCAUCGCAUGUGGCCGGCCAUGUAUACUGACCUCUGUUCUUCUCUCCCGCCACGAAGAGCAAGUAUAGGAUGGCCUCCACGCGAUUCCAUGGCAGAGGGGGAGGUGAGGAUGUCCCUGCUGCUGCCGUGUGAGCACUCAAGGCCGCACAAAGCUCGUCGACGGCCGCUCGCAGGAACUCCCACACCAACAUCUCGUCUAACUGCACAGACACACAACACGCAGGCAAUGCAUUAAUGGUACACAGAGUGCAGUGCCACGUAUGUAUCGAUGCAUGGCUGUUGUUGUGUUGUGUGUGGUACCUACCGUAGCAAUGCGCUGGAAGAGCUUGGUCACCUCCUGUGCGGUGCGACAAGAGGCCGACAUGCGAUGGAUGGAUGGAUGGAUAGAUGGAUAUGUGUGUGUACGAGCCCACUGUGUGCCCGCCCAGUGCACUUUACUGACCGACCUUUCUGAAUCUUAGGAACUCGAGGUGACGGUCGUCGUCAUCAGCUGCAAUGCAAAAGUCAUACCAUGGUGGAUACGACACCUGACACACACACACUCAGACACACACAGAGAGGGAGACACAUUCCUCACGCUAAUGGCCCCGCCGUCUCCCCGCCACAUUCACCGCCUACACCCACCUUGUGUGCGAUGCCCCUCAGUAGUCCCAGGAAGAGCGGGUGCAGCUGCUCCACACUGACGGCAUGAUUGGUCUGCUGCUGUAGUGUAGGUGCCCCUUGCUGCUGCUGCUGCGCCAUGGCCAUGAGGGCCUUGACCUUGCCGACGAAGUCGGACAGGAAGGCCUCCACAGACUCGCUCACACGGGACGACUCGUGGCCGAAUACAAAGCUGAACGAAGAAACCAUGCAUGGCUUGGUUGCUAAACCCUCCCGUCACAACACCUACCUACCUCGCCGUGUUGACCAUCCUCUCAAGCAGCUGCCAACACUGAAGAAGGAAUGAAUGAACGGACCACACACAACGACAUCAGAGCAGAGCUGUGUGACAUGGGCCCUUCUCCCCCUUUCCCUCCCCCUCCCCAGUCGGUGAUACCUCGGUCACCCCCUGGAAUCCCGCAUUGAUAUUGUUGUCUUUGUGCAUGGCCGCCAGACAGUCGAGCACCUCCUCCCCCACAGCGUUGCAAAGCUCACCCAGACCCCCGAGCAACUCCAAGUGCUGCUGUGGAUGGUGGCCCUGCCGCUGCCACAGGCGGUGAAUGGCGCCCUCCAUGGUGGGGGUCAGCUGCAGCGACCCGUCGGUCAGCAGGGACAGCUUGCUCGCGGCAGGCAUCUUCUUCUUGACCACCUGAUUGAUGCGUGGCAUGUCCGUACGGUGCAGAAGUCCACCCAUCCAUCCACCCAAUGCUCUGUCUGUCUGUCUGGAUCUGAUCUGUGUGCCCACCCGCCCCCUCACCGCGCUGAUGGCGUCACACGCCUCUGCGGCCGUCUCGCCAUCCCAUACACCACACUGAGACUCACCCUUUUCCCCCGCUCCCUCAGCACUCUGCCGCACUCUCGCCAGAAGCAGGGCCAGCAGUGGCAUGGAGGGGUUGACGAUGGCGCUCAGGUCGAUCCAUGGGAAGUAGAGCCCCAGCACCUUGAGGCAGGUGAGGUGCAGCGGCGCCAGUGGGGGGGAGGGGGGCUGCCGGAGCAGCUCGUAGCACCACGAGACGAUCUUGGCUAUGUCGUUGGCUCGCAUGGCGGCCUUGACGUGGCUGCUGCGCUGCCUCUCCUCCUGAGUGGGGUGCAGCUCGUCGCUGACGAUCUCCUCAUCCACCACCACCAGCAGCUUGGCGCAGAUCUCGCCGCCCCGCAGCCCCCUUGCCCCCAGCUGGAGCAUGUCGUCUACGGCGGAUCCCCACCUCUCAGGGUACUCGACACGCAUCAGCUUGACGUACAAGACACAGGCCUGGUUGACCAUGGUAGACUCGUCCAUUCUGCCGUCGCCGCCACACUGUGUCUGCAGGUACUGCAGCAGCAGGGGAAUGAUGCCGUGGCGGCUGCCGGUGUACAGCCGUGGGAGCACUUCCAUAAGGGCCUUGACGGCCCAGAACCGCAGAGCGAUCGGCCCAGUUGGCGAGAGGAACCACUCCAUGCACGGCCGCCAGGUGGACUCGGGAGGAGAUCUCUUGAAGGCUGAUGGAUGCAAUGAAUCCAUCACAUACACAGAUCGAUCAGCGACUGACUUGUGAGGGAAGGUCGUGAGUAGUGUGCUGUGCUGUACUGUGAUGCGUACCGUACCCUACCGUCAAGAGUGGCGAUUGCCUUUGCAGCGGCAUCGCUGCUGUGAAAUGAAGAAAGGACGGAGAUUGCCGCUUCAACUUCAGACAGAUUUCCAUUCAUUUCGCUGUCCUGAGGACAAG